GUGCUGGCGCCGUGCGGCCAGGCGAGCUGCCAUCUGCGCUUCCAGGUCCCUUUCCCUCGCUGCGUCUGGAGCCCCUCGCCCCCCCGCCCGAUCCAGUGUGCCAUUACAAGAUGGAGCAGGACGACUGGCUGACUGUCUACCUGAGGUACCUGCUCUUCGUCUUCACUUUCUUCUUCUGGGUGGGUGGAACAUCCGUCAUGGCCGUGGGCGUCUGGACCUUGGUGGAGAAGAGUGGCUACCUCAGUGUCCUGGCUUCCAGCACCUUUGCUGCCUCCGCCUACAUCCUCAUCUUUGCAGGCACUCUCGUCAUGGUGACCGGCUUCCUAGGCUUUGGGGCCAUCAUCCGGGAGCAGAAGAGCUGCCUCUCCACAUAUUUCUGCCUGUUGUUUAUCAUCUUCCUGGUUGAGCUGGUGGCAGGUGUCCUGGCUCAUGUGUACUACCAGAAGCUGAGCGAUGAGCUGAAGCAGCACCUGAGCCACACCUUGACCGAGAGCUACGGGCAGCCCAGGGCCUUGGAAAUCACGGCCUCAGUGGACCGUCUACAGCAGGAUUUCAAGUGCUGUGGAAGCAAUAGCUCAGCCGACUGGCAGCACAGCGCGUACAUCCUGUCACAGGAGGCCGAGGGCCGCCAAGUGCCUGACAGCUGCUGCAAGACGGUGGUGGCACGCUGUGGCCAGCGGGUCCACCCCUCCAACAUCUACAAGGUGGAGGGAGGGUGCAUGGCCAAGCUGGAGCAGUUCCUGGCCGACCACCUGCUGCUCAUGGGAGCAGUGGGCAUCGGAGUGGCCUGCCUGCAG